AUGCUUCGGCGAACCCGAACGCCAGCAUCGCCGGGAAAGCGCCGAAGGAAACGCCCGGUUUUCACCAAGAAGGACGCGUUUCCGGAGUCCCUGCCGCUCCACAGCAAGAACCCGCGCGCCGUCUACAGCGACAUUCAGCGAUUCGCAAGGCAAAACAAGCUCUCCCAGGCUCUCACCAUCCUCGACUACAUGGACCAGCAAGGAAUUCCCGUCAACCCCACGACCUUCGCCGCUCUCAUCGCUGCAUGCGUCCGUACAAAGUCGCUGGACCACGGGAAGCAAGUUCACGCGUUUAUCCGGAUCAAUGGACUCGACAAAAACGAGUUUUUGCGUACAAAACUUGUUCAUAUGUAUACUUCCUGUGGCUCGGUUGACGAUGCCAACAACCUGUUUGACGAAAGUCCUAGCAGGAGUGUGUACCCCUGGAAUGCGCUGCUUAGAGGGAAUGUGAUUUCUGGUGGGAGGAGAUACCGGGACGCGCUUUCUACGUAUUAUCAAAUGCGGGCCUUGGGGAUUGAAAUGAAUGUUUAUAGUUUCUCCAGUGUUAUCAAAAGCUUAGCGGGUGCGUCAGCGCUUUUGCAAGGCUUGAAAACUCAUGCCCUCUUGAUUAAGAAUGGUCUUGUCGGUAGUGCAAUGCUGCGGACGAGCUUGAUUGAUAUGUACUUCAAAUGUGGUAAGAUUAAGCUUGCUCGGCAGGUGUUUGAAGAAAUUGUCGAACGAGAUAUUGUUGCUUGGGGAGCAAUGAUUUCUGGUUUCGCGCACAAUAGGCUGCAAUGGCAGGCUUUAGACUACACCAGACGGAUGGUAGAUGAAGGGAUAAAGCUGAAUUCUGUUAUAUUGACUAUUAUUCUUCCUGUGAUAGGAGAACUUUUGGCCCGGAAGCUGGGCAGAGAAGUUCAUGCUUACGCAGUGAAGACAAAGCGUUACGCGAAGCAGACAUUUAUUCAGUCUGGGUUAAUUGAUAUGUAUUGCAAGUGCGGGGACAUGGAGAAUGGAAGACGGGUCUUUUAUCGCUUGAAGGAAAGGAAUGCUAUUUGUUGGACCGCUUUGAUCUCGGGCUAUGUAGCGAAUGGGAGGCUCGAGCAGGCUUUGAGAUCGAUUAUUUGGAUGCAGCAGGAAGGGAUUAGGCCUGAUGUUGUAACAGUUGCCACUGUAGUUCCGAUUUGCGCAGAGCUGAGGGCUUUGAAACCAGGUAAAGAGAUUCAUGCUUAUGCUGUGAAGAAUUGUUUCUUGCCCAAUGUGUCUAUAGUCUCUUCCUUGAUGAUGAUGUAUUCAAAAUGUGGCGUAUUGGAUUAUUCUGUAAGAUUGUUUGAAGGUAUGGAGCAGAGGAAUGUGAUCUUAUGGACAGCCAUGAUUGAUUCCUAUGUUGAAAACAGACAUCUAGAUGAGGCACUUUCUGUGAUUAGAUCUAUGGUGUUAUCCAAGCAUAGGCCUGAUUCCGUAGCAAUAGGAAGGAUGCUAUGUAUUUGCAAUGAACUGAAAAGCUUGAAGUUUGGAAAGGAGAUUCACGGACAGGUCCUGAAGAGAAAUUUUGAGUCGGUCCAUUUUGUCUCCGCAGAAAUUGUUAAGAUGUAUGGGCGUUGUGGAGUAAUUGAUGAUGCUAAGUUGGUUUUCGACACAAUCCGGGUGAAGGGUUCAAUGACAUGGACUGCAAUUAUAGAGGCUUAUAGGGAUAAUGGACUAUAUGAAGAUGCUAUCGAUCUCUUUUAUGAGAUGAGAGAUAAAGGUUUUACCCCAAACAAUUUCACUUUCCAAGUUGCUCUUUCUAUAUGCAAUGAAGCUGGUUUUGUGGAUGAUGCCUGCCGGAUCUUUAACCUAAUGACGCGUAGUUAUAAUGUCAAGGCCUCUGAAGAGCAGUACUCUUUAAUCAUCGGACUUCUUACACGUUUUGGUCGUGUGGAGGCUGCUCAAAGAUAUAUGCAACUGAGUUCUUCUUUAUCUUAAGGAAGUCUUACACGAUUUGGUCGUGUGGAGGCUGCUCAAAGAUAUAUGCAACUGAGUUCUUCUUUAUCUUAAGGAAGUAGCCGAGGAAUCUUCAUCCUGGUGUUGAAAUUCAUUACCUCCAUAAUUGUACAAUUAGGAUCGUUCUGAGCUCAAAUGUAUAUAUCUAUUGUAAUUUUCCGGAUCUCCUGCUAAAGCAGGAAGGUGAUUGAUCAGUGUGAAAAUACCCG